UGACCAGUCUUGACAUUUGACUUUUGAGUGAUUAUUCUAGUCUUAUAAUAAUUAAUAUUCUGUACUUGGAGUUUGGUUGGAGUCAUUUGUGCAACAUGUCGCGAUUAGGUGCCUUACAUUUGACCCAACACACCGGACCAAAACAUACUGGAACUGUUAUAUUCUUUCAUGGUUCAGGAUCUUCAGGUGCUGAUAUAAAAGAAUGGGUCAGGUUAAUGGUAGCAAAUUUCUCAUUUCCUCAUCUGAAGGUGAUGUAUCCGACAGCACCACUGCAGCCAUAUACUCCGGCUGGAGGGGCAAUGAGUAAUGUCUGGUUUGACCGUGCUGAUAUAACUCCUGAUGUGCCUGAAAAGUCGGACUCCAUAGCGAAUAUAGAAAUGGAAGUUAAGAAACUCAUUAACAAGGAGAAUAGUGCUGGAAUACCGAGCAAUAGGAUAAUAGUUGGUGGAUUUUCAAUGGGUGGUGCUUUGGCGUUUCACUCAGCAUACUGUUGGGAUAGGAACGUGGCCGCAGCAUUUGCCUUCAGCUCAUUUUUAAACAACAACUCGGCUGUUUUCAAUGAAAUUAAAAAUGCUUCUGGGACUCGACUGCCACCACUACUUCAAAUUCACGGCGACAGCGACGAUCUGGUAGACUGGGAAUGGGGACACGGGACAUUUAAGACUUUGAAGGAACUGGGCGUUCAAGGAGAGUUUCACACUAUGGAGCGGUUGGGACACUCACUCAACAAACGAGGCAUGAGAACUAUUAAAGAUUGGAUUGAAAAGCAUUUGCCGGAAAUAUGAACACUAUAAAAAAAUUGUUUGGAUAGCUGUAUGUCCAUCCAUUUUAAUGGGACCUUAUAAUAUAGUUUAGUUUAUAUUUCGUACUUCAAGUCCUAGGGUUCUUUUGUCUGUCUGUUCGCGAUGAAACAAAACUUCUGAAUGUGUUUUCUACUAUGGUUUAGUAGUUUUGGAGCCUUUAGGAUAAAAACAAACAAAAUGUUUCCUCUGACUAAUAGAUUGAUAUCCAUGUGUAGCCGAUGCGAAUCUCUAGACUUUAUGAUUCUUUAAUUUUUAUAUCUAUUCUAUAUUUUUAUAUAUCCUAUAUAUUUUUUUAUAUCUGUUCUUGUUUUAGUUACAAAUUAUCCGUUUAUACUUACGGAAUAGUACUGUUGUUAAGCUUAAUAUCUAUUUGUUUUCUAUGUAGAAUAUGUAAAAAAAAAUCAAAGAACCUGCAUGGAUUGUGAUACAAACUUUGUUAUUAAAUUGUUACUGAAAGCAAA